AUGGGGAACAUAACGUGUGUUCCCCAGCCCCCGGGGAGAUUCAGACACUCCUUCAGCAGGAAACCUUCCCUGAAGAAAGAACAAGACAGCAAGAAAAAACUGGCCAGCCUCUUUGGUAUUGAGUCAGGGCAGGAGAGAGACAUGACCACAGACAAAAUAUUGCAGUAUAUUCCUGGGAAGAAUAUCACGAACCAGGAAAAUCAAAAGGAAAACUUGGACCAGCGGUUUCCCAGCCUGUUCAAGAAAGGGCGGAGGAAGACAGUUGUAAGAAAUCUGGGGAAAAUUAUCUAUUACUCCAAGGUCAAAUUUAAAUUCCAGCACUGCCAGGAGGUGAACGACUGCUACUUGGAACUGUUCCAGUCCUACCUGUACUUUCAGUCUGUUGGCUCGAAUGGAUUGACCUAUCAGGGGCUGCUGCCGCUGAAAGAGCUGAGCGUGUGUGAAACCGAAAAGGCAAAGAGCGCAGAGCGGGAGGAACAUGCGUUCCGCAUUACAGGUCCCCUGCUGAACCCCCUUAUCGUGUACUGCCCCAGCGAGUCGGAGCUCAAGCGAUGGCUUUAUCACCUGGAGAAACAGAUACAGCUGAAUGGGGGAAACCUGGACGGGUCCUUCCAAUCUCAGCGCGACGGGAAGCAGAACUCCAUAGGGAAAGAGGAACUGAGGUGGUCUGUGCAGAACAUGCCUGUCCAAGAAUGGAGAGGGACCCAACGGGAGUCCCUAGGUGAUGUCCUCUGCGUCUCUAAAGUGAAGCUGCAGCAUUUGCCUUUCCAGGAGCAGCACGACAGGCUUUUGAUCCUGUACCCAUCCACGCUGGUGAUUGUCUCCGAAGAGCGCAAUGGCCUCUACUUUAAGGGAGAACUGCCACUGAAUGCAAUACAAGUUCAUUUUGAAGAAAACCAAAAACGCUCCUUUCUAAUAGAAGGCCGACUAAUAAACUCCAUCCAGGUCAUUUGCCCCAGCUACGAAGAUUACCAGGAGUGGCUGUACUGCCUUAAAACAGCCCAGUUUCGAAAUGCUGACUCUUCACUUUCAGGAUCAGAAAGCUUCUCGGGAUCAAAGCCACCACACCUUGGGCAGUUCCCAGGCAGCGGGAGAGGCUCCCUCACCUCCGAUGGCCGGACAAACUCCUGGACGUCACGAGGGAAACUUACCACCUCAACCCACCACUCCCAGCACAGUGGCUCCAUCCCUGACCAGCAAUCAUUUGUUCUGAUGCCUGAAGGCAGAGUGACCGAAGACCCGCUGUCCCCAGGCUAUGCCCAGCCUGUCCAUUGCCUGGCAAAUCCCAGCUGGCCAAGUACCGGGAUCCCCAAACCAGAACUGAAGAGGGGCGGCAGCGCUCGCAAGUCCAAAGGCAAAUGCGGACCUGCCCAGCAGCCGCAGCCCAGCAGCCAGGACUCGGAAAGGACUGUGUUUAGCCUCAUUCCCGAAAACCCCAACAGGGAGCCACUGUCGCCAGUGUACAACGAUCCCUAUUCUCCACUGAGCUCCCAGCAGCACCCAGCGGUCCCCCCGCUGCAUCUGGACUCGAACAAUCUGAAUCAAUGGAGCUUGGGGGAAAGUCAGACUCCGGCAGCUCCCAGGUCUCUGGAGAAACCAGCCCCGCCCCGCUCUCCCCUAUACGCUGACCCCUACACCCCGACCCCCACCCCUGGACGCAGGGUUGCAGACUCUGACUUCCUGGAAGAGUUCUUAAGACGUCAUGGUCAGACUGGCUCAGAGCAGCUGAACGGCUACGCAGAAAUCCCAGGGGCCCAUCACCCUCCGCUGCAGAAGAAGACCUCCCACCCGUUGCCCAGCAGUCGUGGCAGAGAGCCACCCGCCGCGCAGAGAUACAGCAACACUGGCACCUCGUGUCACUUCCCACAGACAUCUCCCGCCAACGUUUCCUGUUUUACAAACAUCCCCUCCUUGAGGGAAGAAUUUCUGGGAUCCUCACUGCAGUCCUCAGAGGGAAGCGCUGGUGUUUACAACCUGCCCGGGAAUGGCCGCGUGCGGCACGACUCUGCAUAUCACGACUACGCAGAACUCCAAAGCUUCCACAGCGACUUCAGUUACGACAACCUCUGGGAGGCUGAGGAGAAAGAGUCAGGCAUCCGGCAGGCCGUGCCCUUCUCCUGCCAGCAGUUUUAUCAUGUAUGA